GUUGACUGAGACAGAAAAAACGGUGAAGGGCCAAGGCCUCUCUCUCUUCUCUCUCUCUCUCUCACUCUCACUCUCAUAUGGUUUGGCGCUCCGUAGACACAGAAGCAAGCAACGAUGGCUCCCAUAGUUCUCAUGGUAGCAGAGAAGCCCAGUAUUGCUCUCUCUAUUGCCUCUGUUCUUUCCAGUAAUCAGAUGUCAACACGGAGGGCUAGUACUGAAGUCCAUGAAUUUGACGGAAUAUUUUUGGGAUUACGGGUGCAUUAUAAAGUGACAUCGGUCAUUGGACAUGUUUUCAGUGUAGAUUUUCCGUCAGCUUAUCAAGAUUGGGUGGCGACAGAUCCUCUCGAUCUUUUCCAAGCUCCGACUCUUAAGGCGGAAUCAAAUCCAAAGGCUCAUAUCUGUAGGCAUUUAAGCCAAGAAGCUCGUGGUUGUGAUCAUCUGGUAUUAUGGUUAGAUUGUGACCGUGAAGGAGAAAAUAUAUGCUUUGAAGUUAUUGAUUGCACUGGAUUUAAUCAUGUGAACAAGGGCAGAAGAGUUCAUCGUGCACGGUUUUCUUCUGUCACUGAGAAGGAUCUUUUAAAGGCGAUCAAUAACCUUGUUGAACCCAAUAGAGAUGAGGCAUUGGCUGUAGAUGUUCGCCAAGAGAUUGAUUUGAAAGUUGGAGUUGCAUUCACACGAUUCCAGACUAGUUUUUUCCAAGGAAAAUACGGGAAUCUUGAUUCCAGAGUUAUCUCCUAUGGGCCAUGUCAAACUCCUACCCUUGGAUUUUGUGUACAACGCUACCUGCAGAUUACUACUUUUAAGCCAGAAAAGUUUUGGACUUUGCAUCCUUACAUAUUUCAACAUGGCUACGAACUUAAAUUAGAAUGGGAACGUAAUAAGCUGUUUGACAUAGAUGUUGCUAGGAUGUUCCAAAAUUUGAUAAUGGAUGAUGGAAUUGUGGAAGUAACAGGCACAUCAGAGAAACAGGAUUCCAAAGCUCGACCUUCUGGUCUUAAUACGGUGAACCUUCUGAAGGUUGCUUCCAGUGCAUUGGGGUUUGGACCUCAAAUGGCUAUGCAACUGGCUGAACGCUUGUAUACUCAAGGUUUCAUCAGCUAUCCACGUACAGAGAGCACGGCAUACCCUUCUUCGUUUGACUUCAGAGGCACACUUGAAGCCUUAGUAAAUAAUCCAGCAUGGGGUAGUUACGUACAGACACUGCUAGCUGAUGGUUAUCUAAAGCCACGGUCAGGAACAGAUGCAGGUGAUCACCCUCCCAUAACUCCAAUGCGUUCAGCUACUGAGGAUAUGCUAGGUAGUGAUGCUUGGAGACUCUAUCAGUAUGUUGGUCAACAUUUUCUAGGGACUGUGUCUCCUGACUGCAAAUAUGUAAGGACGAAGGUUGAAUUUUCAGUUGGUGGAGAAAUUUUCCAUUGUGUGGGGCAGCAUGUUACAGUAAAGGGAUAUACAUCAAUCAUGCCAUGGUUGGCAGUAAAUGAGAAAAUGCUUCCUCAGUUCACAAAAGGGGAGAAAAUAGAAACUUCAAAAGUUGAGCUUUAUGAGGGAAACACCAUGCCCCCAGAUUAUCUCAGUGAAAGUGAGCUGAUUUCUCUAAUGGAGAAGAAUGGAAUAGGCACAGAUGCAUCAAUUUCUGUACAUAUAAACAACAUAUGUGAGCGCAACUAUGUGCAGGUACAGGCUGGAAGAAGGUUGGUUCCAACUGCUUUAGGCAUUAGCCUUAUAAGAGGUUAUCAAUGUAUUGAUCCAGAUCUUUGUUUGCCUGAUAUUCGGAGUUUCAUUGAGCAACAGAUCACUCUUGUUGCCAAGGGGCAAGCAGAUCAUUCUUAUGUUUUACAACAUGUACUAGAUCAAUUCAAGCGGAAGUUCAUUUACUUUGUUAAGCAGAUUGAUAACAUGGAUGCAUUGUUUGAGGCACAAUUUUCUCCACUUUCAGAUUCUGGACGUUUGCUUAGUAAAUGCGGCAAAUGCCUGCGGUACAUGAAAUACAUCUCUAUGCAGCCCUCACGGUUGUAUUGUGGUACAUGUGAGGAAGUUUAUUACGUUCCUCAGAAGGGCACAAUCAAGCUGUACAAGGAACUGACUUGCCCCUUGGACAACUUUGAGCUGUUGAUCUUCUCCUUGGCUGGCCCAGAAGGCAAGUCGUUUCCUCUCUGCCCUUACUGCUAUAAUAGUCCUCCAUUUGAAGGUAUAGACACACUCUUCGGUGCUAACAAGACCACCAGUUCUGGCAAGUUGGGAAAGGGAGCUGGCAUGCCAUGCUUCCUCUGUCCACACCCCACAUGCCGGCAUUCUCUGAUAGCCCAAGGAGUUUGCGCCUGCCCAGAAUGCAACGGGACACUUGUCCUUGACCCUGUCAGUGCUCCCAAAUGGAGGCUUUAUUGCAACAUGUGCAACUGCCUUGUUUUCCUUCCUCAAGGUGCUCACAAGAUUUCGACAACUAAAGAACGGUGUCCAGAAUGUGAUUCUACCAUAAUAGAAGUGGACUUCAACAAGAAAACUACUCCUUUGAAGGAUGGAGCUACGUUGCAUGUUGGAUGCGUUCUUUGCGAUGAUCUGCUACAUUCACUUGUAGAGAUGAAGCAUGGAAAAUCGUUUUUCAAACGCAUGGGAGGCAGAGGGAGGGGAAGGGGAAGAGGAAGGGGACGAGGUGGCAGGAAAUUGGAAGACCCGAAAAUGAGUUUCCGAGAUUUUUGAAAUGUAAAAUUUUUACUCCUAUACAUUUGGCUUUUCAAGAUGUGGAACUUGCCAUUCUGCCUACUUUGAAUGACUUUAUUUGCCAUUUUUUUGGAACUGGGUGGGUGAGCUCUUGUUAAUCAAUUUUAACAAAAGAUAUGUGAAUUUUCAAAGGGAAAAUUAUCAAUUAGUCAUACUUUUUACAA